AUGACAAGUACACCAAUUGAAGAAAGAAUUGAUUCAUAUGAGAAUAAAUAUCAAACAUGUAUGCAAUCUCGUACGUUAUUAUCCGAUUGGAUCAAAACAAACAAGGAAAAAGGCUUGCCAGAGCCGUUAACGGAAGGUUAUUCCCCUCCUUCAAGAUCUCGAUUACCAGACUUUCUGUUUUCUUCACUGUCAGCACGUUCCAAACGUAAAUGUGAACAACCCACUGCCAUUUCUUCUAUCAGCACUUUCCUUAAAAAAGCAACCAACUACAAAACUACAACUCCACCUAAUCAUCGUUUCUCUCUUACCUCCUCUCUCAAUCGAUUCUCCUUGCAAAAGAAUAACAUCAACAGUGAUGAUGAUAAGAAGGGUUAUUUAGCCGAGAUGAUGAUUUCAGCCUCGGAUGUGACGCAUAAUAAAAAGCCUAGACCGCAAUCCUCCAUAUUACCACACUCGCCAUCGUCAGUGUUCCUGGAUAGAUUAAGAUCGAGAACGCCGAGUCAAGACGGAGGAGAUAAUAAAUUAUGUCAUAGUAUUCUUCAACCCAACACGCCCAAAUUUGCUGGGAUUAGUACACACGGUGCUGAAUUUAAUCUUGAUGAUAAUAUCACACCUCCUUCAUCUCCUUCCUCUACAGAAUCCUCUCACUCUCCUCCUCUUAUCAGCCAUUUUAGUUAUUCAAGACAAGGUGGCAAAUCUGUAACACAAGAGAAAAAGAAGAAGCGUGCAUCUCUUUUAAUCACCCCUUCUUUGUCUACUAUACGUCUUUUACCCCAAAAAUCACAUUUCUUAAAGCGUCAAAGCAUGCUGGCCUAA